GUCUUAGCCUGGGGUCUGAGGAACAUGAAGACCUACCAGUUGGCCACAGUCACCUCUCCCAGUCUCAUGGUAGAGUGUGGGGGGGAGGUCGUCCAGACGGCCGUCAUCAAGAACAUCAAGAAGAACCCCAACUUCCCCGGAUCUGUCCUCUUCUUUAAAGUGCUCCUACCCAAAGAGGAGAUGUACACCCCUCCCAUCGUUCUGAAGGUGAUCGACCACCGGCCGUUCGGCAGGAAGCCCAUUGUGGGCCAGUGUACCCUCUCCCUGGAGGAGUUCCGCUGUGACCCUUACGUCACCAAUGCUGAGGUGGCCAUGUCUUCCAAAGUGGCCAUGAUGGCAGCAACUCAAGGAGACAUCAUCAUUAACAUGGAGGAUAGGCUCAUCCUUAAUACUGAGCUCCACAAAGAGAAGGAGGAGGAGGCAGUUGACUGGUGGAGUAAGUUCUAUGCCUCUGUGGGAGAGCACGAGAAGUGUGGGCCGUACCUCAAAAAAGGAUACGACACCCUAAAGGUGUAUGAAGGGGAGCUGGAGGAGGUCCCAGAUUUCCGAGGGCUGACAGAUUUCUGUAAAACGUUCCGACUGCAGCGGGGGAAGACUGAGGAUGAGGACGACGACCCCUCAUGGAAUGGCUCGUUCCGGGUGUACCCCCUAUCUGAUGACCCAGGGGUGCCAGCCCCACCACGCCAGUUCAGAGAGCUGCCUGAGAGCGGGUUGCAGGAGUGCCUGGUCAGGAUCUACGUGGUGCGAUGCAUGGACCUGCAGCCUAAAGACAACAACGGCAUG